AAUGCAUCGUCGACGACGAGUAGAAAGACGAGUCGGGGGACGGUGAAUUCGGUGGUGGGUGAAUUCAGCUUACGCGUGAAACGGGUAAUCGCCAAGGAUGAGUGGACGACGGGUGGUUACGGUCACACAGUGGUAACUCCGAGCGAGAGCGAGAACGAGAGAGCGAUAUGUAUAUGUGUAUAUAGAUAUACAUAUAAAGGGAAGGGGAAACUGGACUCGGCACUCCAAAGUACACAGCCUCCGCGAUUGCAGUUGGUGUGCUUUCGGUUCCCUCCACGCUUGCUGGACAUAUUCAUUCUUGGCGACUUGGUGCCCGUGGUAACAGUUCCAACUUCGAACUCCGUUCAUCAGACGACGCGCGGCCAUUCGAUAUGAAGCUCGCUAUAUUCUCAAUGGUGGCGAUCGGUUGCCUGAUAGCCGUGGUCAGCUCGGCGGACGAGGACUACGACUACGAGGAGGAGCCAGCAGCCUCUCCGGUCACCCCCGCGCCCACCAAAUCCUCUAGACUCGGAGGACUAUUGUCCUCGAGAGGACGGGUGAACGUCGGGAGGAAACCCGCGGCCACGGCAGCCGCGCAGUCGACCACGGCAAAGGCGAUCGAGCAGCCGGCGGAAACCGAGGAAGAAGGCGAGGAAGAACUAGACGAGAAUCAAGAACAGCAAGAAGAAGUUCUCACUACGACGACCGAAGCCUCCAAGAAAGUUCGCAGCGGAGUCAGACCCUUCAGAUCGAACCAGGAUCUCUUGGCCGCGUUGAAGAGAAGGAGAAGUCAAGUGGGGACCAGCAAUCACCGAGAAUCCACUCAAACCGCCGCGGAAUCUACGACGCCAAAAUCCAAGGCGACCACGAACAAUCGCAACAAGAGCAUCGGUGCCAGCGAUACGAAAUCGUCGGGUCGCGGGAGGUUCGGCGGGCGAGGAAGCAAGCCGUUGCAGGAAGAGGUCGAGGAGACUCAAAGAGAAGAGGUGCAAGUUAAACCGAAACCGUAUCGCAGAGGAUAGAUCUGCGAGAACUUUCUAGCUUCGUUAAACGGGAUCGGCGUCGAUCUUACGAUCUCGCGUCUCGAAAUUCGUUCACGCAUUCGAAAAUCGCAACGUCGUACACGUGUACAUACGCGGAAGGGGCUGUCCCUGUUCGAGGUACUUACUGUAUAAAUGUAAAUUAAUCGAAUAAAAUUUUUGAAACGAA